UAAGUUAUGCUCCUGACACGAAAUUUGAUGAACAUACAGACAGACGCAAUUUACGUCUGGUUUAUUUCCAAAUUAGUUCGAACUCGAUUAAAUUCAAAGAACAUGUAUAAAGAACAAUUCUAACCGGUUCAAUCAAAACGACCGUUAAAAAUGUCAACAUCUGAGCAAAACCAUAUUUUAUCAAAAAAGACAGAUACUAAUGUUUGUUCCCGGUAUUUUCAAUUAAAAGAACAUUUAAAAAGAUACCUGAUAGCACUGAGACCAUGGUCAUUUACCGCCAGUUUUACUCCAGUGGCACUAGGCAGCGUCCUUGCAUACAAAGCUGUUGGUUAUUUUUCCCUGCCAGUCUUCAUAACAACAUUGUUAACAGCUCUGUCAGUACACGCAGCAGGAAACCUAGUUAACACCUACUUCGACUACUUAAGAGGUAUCGAUACAAAACAGAGUGAUGAUCGUACGCUUGUCGACAAAAUACUAAACCCAGAAGAAAUCCAGUGGCUCGGUAUGGUACUCUAUUCCGUUGGAAUUGGAGGAUUUCUUGUGCUAUGCUUCCUAUCACUGGCUAAAAUGGAGCACUUAGCAUUGAUAUUCUUCUGCGGACUAUCCAGCAGCUUUCUUUACACCGGCGGACUCGGGCUGAAGUACAUCGCUCUUGGCGAUAUUAUUAUAUUCCUCACAUUUGGACCAAUCACUGUCAUGUUUUCAUUUUUGACACAAGCCGGAGAAUUGUCUAUUGUUACAUUGUUAUAUGCUUUACCAUUAGCAUUAAAUACAAUAGCAAUUCUUCAUGCAAAUAACACCCGUGAUAUGGAAUCUGAUAACAAAGCAAAAAUCGUAACUGUGGCGAUUGUUCUUGGAUGGUUAGGAUCGUAUAUAUUAUUCACAGUAUUGUUAUUUUUGCCAUACUUACUGCUUGUGCAAGGAGGCUUACACAUAUCAAAGUGGAUGUUUCUACCUGUCAUAACAUGCAGAGAAGCUUUUAAUAUAGAAAGACAGUUCAGAAGUAAACAGCUCCAUAAAGUUCCCCAAAGAGUGGCUAUGUUAAAUUUCCAAAUGGGAGUACUGUAUGUUUUUGCAGUAUUACUUACAAACAAAGCAGAUCUGCCAACACUUCUCUGAAGCAUUCUAUAUCAAAGAAUCUCGAGGAAAGUUAUUAGAAAUCCUGCCUUAAAUACACUAGUCACAUUUUUAAUGGGCAUGUUAUCACUUAUUGUUGUAGUUUAACAUCAUGUCAGAUCAUUGUAUAUUAAAGUUACUUUGUUUUAGUUAUAUCAUAUAAGAACUACUGACUUGAAUGAUGCAACUAUAAGCUGGAUCCAUUUCUUGAAAAGAUCCCAUUAUUUUACAUAAUUUUGAAAUUUUAAAAUCUGUUAUAAAUCAUGUGUAAUCUUGUUUGGCCUCUACUGAAGUCUUUCCAGACUUAAAGACCUGAAAGUAUUAGAAGAAAAACAACACCUACAAUUUAUGUUGUUUUCUGGCACAGACACUUUUGGCCUGGAAGACUUGCCCCUCACCUCCACACCCUCAGCCCCUACUGCUAUGCACAUGCAUUACCAAUAAUCAUCAUGUACAUGUAUAUCUUGACCAAGACACUAAUUAUACAUGACUUAGAAUUUAUAUGAGUUACAUUGUAGUUUAAAAAAGAAAAUCAAAUAAUGGUGCAUAGUAGUUGGGUCGGGAAUGGAGAUGGGGGGGCAAGUGUUUCAAACCGUAAGUGUCUCACUCUGUUGUUUUUUUAUUCAUCAAGUAUUUAUAAUGUUAUAAAUGAAAGCUGAUUUUUACUUCCAAACAAAGUUAUAUUCCACAAAUCUUUCAUGCAUUUUCCAGUCUUUCUUUUUCAACUAGUUUCUUGGGUUAUGCUGUAAACAUUAGUUGACGUUUUGAGCUGCAUUGCUUUUAACAUGUUAUGUAACAUACGUAACAUUGUUAAUAAUAAAUACACUUUUUCAUGCACAUAUGCAUGUGCCAAGGUAAGAAAAACAUCCAGUCAGUCAGGAGCUGGAACCCAGCACCUACAUUCUAUACAGUGUGUAUUCUCUCCAUUUUUAGUAAUCAUAUCCUAAACCAUGACAUAUGGGUACAAAAAUAAAGGUAUAAAAACACAACAGGAAAGUACAUCUUUGCUAGAGAGGCAACACUGCAGUGAGUACUAAAAUGUAUUUAUUGUAGAGGUUGGUCUGGAGAGGUAAAUUUACUUAGAAUUAUUUUUAAUUAUUGAAAACUACUAUCUUUCUUUGUAGAGAAGUUCUUGCUCUGUUGAUUUCAUUAGCUUGAGGUUAAGACUUAGCCUUACAUUUUGAAAAAAAAUGGAACAACACCAAAUCAUAGAAAGAAAAAGUUGUUUUGCAUGAAAAUUGAACAGCAUAUAAAACAUGUAUAUUACUCUACACAACAACUGUCAGUUUUCAGAUGUGUACAUUGAAUUAUGGAAAAGGGCUGCAUAAAGUGGUCACACUUUUGGAGAGUUCAGUGCCUUUAAAAACUCACCAUUUUCAAAGAACUGUUACAUAUCUACAUUUUGAUGCGUUUUCAAUAAUGUCCCAGUGCUGAAAUUUUUUUACAUAACUAGGAUGAACAUUUUUAUUUCUUUAUCCAUUGUACAGGACAGUAUGGCAG